AAACAAAAUGAAAUUUUAAUUCCAAAAUUAUCUUACACUUUACAUUUAACUUCAAUAAGACCUGCUUUAACCAGUAUAUUGUUAAAUAAUAUAAACAAUUUAAUGGAUUCUGAUAAUAUUAUAAGAGCAUCAAAUGAUUCUUUUAAAAUUAUAGAAAAUUCUAAUUCUUUUCAUAAUAAUCAAGAUUUAUAUACGAAUGUUGAUUAUAAUAAUAACAUUGAUAUUCCAAAAUCAAUUGUUAUUUAUCAUGAUCAACCUCCCCCUUCUUCAAUCACUCCUUUCUUUAAUUUUAAAGAUUUUUUGAACCAUCUUUCGGAAGAAAGAAAUAUUAAACAUGGUGGUGGUAAUAAUAUGGAAUUUGGUUCAACUGUACUUUAUGGUGAAGUGGUAUCGAGUACUCAGACAUUAUUAGAUAAGUAAUGUAUCCAUUACAUGUAUCUAAAAGGAUAAAAUAUCUUUUUGUUGAAAUAAUUUUCUUUUUUUUCUCAUGUUUUUAAUAAUUAGAAAUUUUAAAUUUACAAAAAAUUUGCCCACUGGACUUGUUUUCGUAGCUACACAACAAAUUCAAGGACGAGGUCGUGGUAGCAAUUCUUGGAUUUCACCUCCUGGAUGUCUCCAAUUUUCUAUUAUUUUAAGACAUCCAUCAAAUUCGUCAUCGCCUGUUGUCUUUAUUCAAUAUCUCUUAUCAUUAGCUGUAGUUGAAGCUGUUAGAACAAAGAAAGGUUAUGAGGUUUGUGUUAUUAUAUAAAAUUUAAAAGUAUAAAAAAUAUAUAUUACAUAUAAUAUACAUGCCAUAGGAUAUUCCUCUUCGAUUGAAAUGGCCAAAUGAUAUCUAUGUGGAAUCAUCCUCACCUAAUGAUGAAUCAGUUAAAUCACCUAAAAUUAUU